AUAACAAAUAACAUUUGUCUUAUCAAGUUUCAUAGAUUUAUUUAUCUAUUCCCAUAUAUUCCUCACACUUACUAUUAAUAAUGAUUGCUCAACCACAAAAACCAGUUGUUAGAACUGCUGCUGAAAAGGAAGCUCAAAUUAUGAAAGAAAUUAGAGCUAACAAUGCUAAAUUCGAAUCCAAAUUCCAAGGUUCAUUCUUAGGUGAAGUUUUCGGUUUUGCUAUUAGAACCACCAACUAAAUAUAACUCACUACACUUUACUAUUACAGGUUAAUUUUUUAUACGAUUUUAAUGAUUUUAAAUGUACUUCAUGUACUACUACAACAACAAUUAAUUAUUCUUAUGGUCCAUUUUAUAGAUCCAACACAAACUUAAUAUAACACAAUGAUGACGAUUUCUCUCAUCGAUCUUUAUACUAUUAUGAUA